GGGAGUGGGUCAUAUGGAUCAGUGGGCGACGACGGCAGUGGAUGUGUUCUGAUAAACGCUGCGGGACUCGAUCGACCGAGAGCACCCCAUCGACUGUAUUAUGCGUGAGUGAUGCAUGCUGUGCAUGUGCCUUGUGGACUCGCCGGUGAAGCUGAAUACAUGUGUUAUGGGGCAAUAGAAACGGAUACAGGCUCUGUGGGCUGGCAUUGUUGUGGCACACAUAUUCGGCCCCGCUGCAUGCAUACACACACACUCACAGACCGGCGCUGAAUGGAACAGGACGUGGGGCGGUUUGAAUAAUACACACAGCCCCGGCAGUAGCAGAAGAAACCCCUCUCGCGCAAACAGUGCCUCAGUUCAACAACGGAGCGGGUUUUUCUUUUUUUGCGGAAACCUUAUUUUUGGUUGGGCGAACGCUUGCCCAAUCGAUGGAUUGAAUUUGGGUAGGACUGCGGAACACUACAGGGCUUGCAUAUUGGCUGCCUGCGUGUGAGUGUGGAUACCGCCUGCAUGCAUGCUGUGUGGGGGAGAGGCUCAUAGCUAUUACAGACACAAGCCGUGUGUGCUCUGUGUGCACUGUGUGAAUACAUCCAGUACCAGCACUGUGUAUUGCUUUGUUCCUGAGACGUUCUCUGUCGGCUCCCUGGAUUUGUACAUCUGUGGCCAACCCAUUGGAUACCCCUAUGCAACAUUUGGUGGUGGAUUAUUUGAAUGCUGUUAUGGCUUUGUGAUGGAUGUUUGAACACUUCUUCAUGCACAUGCGUCUGUGAAGAUUACAACUCCUUGUGUAGCACAUUGGACCUUACACCUAUACAUGCAUUGUGCAAGCGACAGCUCGGCGUUUACAUGUACAUGUAGAACAGCUAGUACUCCUUACAGAAAUACACCACAACCAAUGGCAGGAUUUUAGCUUUUUGUGUGGAACAGGCCGCUUUGAAUUUUGUGAUAAUCUUCUACCACCACGUCAGAGCUUUCAACAGUCAGGAUUAGAAUCAAUCCAUCUUGUUUUGCCAAGGAUUAUUUAUUAUUGUUUGCUGGCUGGAGCGUUGGAUUUCUACAUUCUGCGUCGCCGGAAACCGAUAUUUCAUUUCGAUAUUUAGUUGUACUGAUUUGCUUGGAUCGGAGGCUUCAGAAAGUGACACUGAUCUCUUCGCCAACUCUCCUCCUAGAAAAGAGCCCGUCCUGCCAGCCAAGGCCGCUCCCCUCACCAAUGGUCUCCCCAACGACGCCCGCCGCUCGGAAUCCCCUCUGCCCAUCCCCGGACCUCAGCUGGGCACUUCCCCUUCCAUCACCCUGCCCGUAGGCCCUGACAGAAUCCCCAGCGGAGGCGACCGCGCAGUAGCCGCCGGACGAGGAAACGGACCCUUAGGAGGUGCUUCCAUAGGAGCUUCCAUAGGAGCUGCCAUCGGAGGUCCAUUGGGAAGCUCUGUCGGAGGACCCAUAGGAAGUUCCCUGGGCGGGAGAGACAGUAACCGCGACAUACGGAAGGAGGAAUCCUGCCUGCUUCAUCCCCGAGAGAAGGAGGUCAACUAUCCAAGGCAUACUGGCUGGUUGAGCAACCCUGCUCAAACAAGAGCAAGCCCACCCUCCCGAAUCCAUCCCCCACCCACGGUCCCUACCAGUGUACCCCCCAAGUACCCCAACCACCCGCCCUCCCACAAGGGACACCCUCCUCCAUACGCCCCCCACCACCACCACCAGCACCCCUCGAAUGCCCCCGCACCCGUGGGCGGCCCUGCGCAGUCCCAGCGUACUAUGUACCCAGGCCCCACGUUGCCACCACCCCCGCCACUGACGUCCAAUAGCAGCGCUUUGUUGGGAGCCCCGUCGGCCAUUAACAGCACACCAGGUCAAUCGGGCGCACCGCCACAGCAGCCACUGCCAUCGCAGCAGCAGCAACAACAGCAACAACAGCAACAACAGCAACAGCAACAGCCACAACCCUCAUCAGCACACGCAAGGGGUGAGCCGGGAUUCAAUUAUAACCCUUCAAAUCCACAGCGCGAGAUCCUCCAGCAGGAGCUGAACAACCGCUUCCUGGCUUCCAAUGACCAAAGGAUGAGCGUAGGCCCGCCACCCUACAUGCGCCAGGAGACCCACAUGCACCAACACCAACACAUGCAUCAACAUCAGCACACUCACCAGCAUUCCUUUCUGCCACCCCCAGGAGGAGCUCUGGUACCCACGCCCGCGCCGCACAUGUUUGACAAUUACUCUGAAAUAGAUCCGGGAUUGUUGCACCGCCAUCUUGGGAUUGGUUAUCCUCCAGGCAUGGCUCCCAUUCUUCCACCUACCAGCAUGGCCAACAGCUUCGGAUCAGGAGCGUUCCAGCCCAAGGUACCGCAAGCUCCACCACCAGAGCAUCGGUCAGUCUUGGAGGGGGCGCUACACUUCAAAGGAGGGGCGGAUCGACCCCCGGGGUUACCCCUGUCUAGGUUGUCCAUGAUGAAACCUGGUAAAUGGUGUGCUGCCCACGUCAACGUUGCGUGGUUGAUCUAUCAUCAACAGCAAAAGGCCAAGGCAGAUGCCCAGAAGGAUCAGUUAGGCAAGGCCGAUCCGUUUGCCGGCCGGCCUCCCACUCACCUGUUCUCACCCCACAGACCGCCAGACUUGCCCAUGCAAACCAGCCUCUUCCCUCACGGUGGCCCUGGAGGUCCCCACACCCAGCUAGGAGCAAACCCCCACCAUGGACCCUUCCUCAACUCCUCCCCGGGUCAGUUUGGCCUACCUCCGGUAGCUCGGGCCGGCAGCUAUCCUCCAACCUUCGGCUUUCAAUUGGCUAAUCCUGGUUCUAACCCAGCUCACCUGAGCGGCUUCUUGAAUGGCCGUGAGAUGCUAGGUGUGCCUCCUGGCCUGGUCAGCCCUCACCACCCCGCCUGGAAUCGCCUCCAUCGCACCCCACCGGGCUUUCCCCCGGGGCCCCCGCCGCCGGGCUGGUCCAAACCCGACGCAGAGAGGCUGAAGGAAGGAUUCCACAUCGACUUUGACCGGGAACGGGCUAAGGAAGAAGAGAGGAACCGGGAACGAGAACGGGAAAGGGAACGGGAGAGGGAACGGGAAAGAGAGCGCGAGCGGGAAAGGGAUAAAGAAAGAGAAAGGGAGCGGAGAGACAGCGAGUCAAGACCAGGAAAGAAAGAAAGAAUCUCUCCCGUUCCACACAGCUGGCCCAACGAUUCCGAGCACCGUCGCGAGGAACGUGAUUCCAGCAAAACUGUCCAGAACCACGACAGAGGGCUCUCGCGGGACGGGGAGCACCAUCCCCACGAAUCCCGACUAGGCUCAGUCGAGCACCCCCGGAAUCGGGAGUUUUCCUCCAGGUCGCCGAUCAGGGACUCGCAUUACCGGCCGAGCAGCGACGGCCUACACGCUAAUAAGUCAGAGAGCGCGUUCAACAAUGUGCACGGCUUGCUGGUUGGGAAGGAGGAACGUAAGGAAACGGGAGCGUCAUCGGAGAAGGAACGAGCAUUGCACAACUCGCAUCCCAACUUGCAUCCCGCCAUGAGUAUGGCACCCGGGAUGUCCCUGUUUGAACGCAGUCGCUUGGCAGGGCAGUUAGGAGCACCCCAGUUUCACCCAAUGGAGAGACACCCGGCGCCAGGACUCUCCCCCUGGGAUCCCUUCGGACGAGGGUUGGAAGCCCUGCAUCGUGAGCAAGGCUUAGUCCGGCCUGAUCUGAGGGAAUAUGAGCGAGACCGCAUGAUGCGGGCCACCCUCCAGCCCAUGGGCCCGUUAGUAGAUCACGAACGAUUCCGGGAUCGGGAGCCACACGACUUCACCCGUGACAACCCCAUUGGACUGGACCCCUUGCGUCGCCUGGAGCAGGAACGCAUCCAGCAUUACAUGGAGGAGAGGGAACGCAUGAUCCGCGACGAAGCUGAGCGAGUACGGAUACUCCAAGGCGUAGACCCAGCACUCUGCUUACAACCACGCCCCAUGGGGUUAAUGCCCCCAGUGUCCUCUGGACCAUUCCGUAACGGUAUGAUGUACCCAAACAAUGUUCACAGGAACGGUUCACCGUCCACGGCCCCCCAACCUCCCCCUCUCAUCCCGUCGACGAGCAUUGGUUUAAAUCCAAGGAGUCGGACAUCCUCUCCUAGCUUAGCGUUGCCUCCCGGUGCAAGGAACUCAUCGCCCGCCGAGUCCUCGGCACAAAAAGACAAACACUUGGAGAAAGAUGCUCACUCAAGAUAAACCGGCACUUUCCAGUCUUUUUUUCAAUUGCCAUUUUUCUUUCCCUUUUGAGGGAAACGGAAAAAAAAAAAAAAACUGUCAUCGCUUUUUUGAGAAUGCUGAAACGGACAUCACUGCAAGGAAACUGGUUGGGAUAUCUCGCAGGAUCUUUGUUCCUUGGAUCAUACACCAUACAUGCUUGGAAGAUAAACUUGAUCCAAAACAUUUAUUCAAAGCGCUCUCAAUUUUUGUUAUCUCAUUUUUUAAAAUCUCCUUAAUGUAUGCAACAUUUUUAAAAUAUUUCAAUUUUUUUAAGCAAGCUUUGGUAUACAUCUAGUUGUUUUCAUUGAGACAAAAAUUUCCAUCAUUCAUUUCAGGGUAGUGCAUUUUAGGAGCACAUUUUUAGGUUGAAUCUUUUUUUAAGAACUAUUGGGACUUGAAAUUACAAGGAUUUUAGAGGGAAAAAACACCAUUUUUUAUUACAUCCCUUUAGUGUAUCCAAUACAAUUCAAUUGUUUUUAAGUUGAAGACAACUUUCAUUCGUUUGAGGAUUGUCUUGUUCCUUGUCAAAAUUUGAAUGACUGAGAGACUCCUGAAAUAUAUUUGAAAAAUGCUCACCAAUGGCUUUAACAAAAUGUCUUGAAAAAAGACCAUCUUUGGGCUGAAAUGUUUAACACUAUUAAGUCUUAAAUUUAGCAUGGGGCAUUCAAUGUCGAUGGCUUACAGUUGUAUAAAUAGGAUUAGCUUUAUGUCUGAAAUAUGGCACGAGCAGGAUUGAAGCAAGAACGGUGUCCGAAUCACUCGGCUUCGGUCGGUAGUGACACAUGUGUCUAUUGUAGUGGUUUUGGCUGCUUGCAUAGACACCAGCCGUAGUCACGUAAUCCAGACACGGACAUAGAGAGGGUUUUCACGUGAUGUCAGUGCGGCCACUGCCAUUCUUUCAUACACAAAUCUCUUUCCAAAUUACACAGAGUAUUUUUCCACCAAGUGUGCAGCAAGAAGCGGAUGAAAAGGGUCAGGAAAAGGGUUUUGAAAAACCUAUACGGUCUGUGCAUGCCUUGGCCCUCCAUUGGCGUAUUGGCACACAGAUAAAAGCCUGGUUCCAAAUUCACGGAGCCGCUAAGCGUAAAAACGUGCUUAGCACAGAAAUGACUUCUAGCACCCGAUUUCAUGAGACUCAUUGAAACUUGCAAUGCAUUGCACUUGCAGCGCUGCGAUGCGUCGUAUUCCUGCGAUGUAUCCUGCGAUUCAUUUCACAAAACCCGUCAAAAAGUGUGACACGUUAGAGGUGUAUUUACAGCACGGCACAGUGACUAUUUCAUGUAUACUAGGACAGAAAUUAUUUAAAUAGUCAUCUGAUAUUCAGGUAAGAGUUGUCUGAUUUUCUCACGUUGCAUAUUCCAUUUACAACCAGUGUUGUAGGCCAGUCCAUCGCGAGUCCGUGCAAGUCCAUCACAAGUCCAUCAGUAAGUCCAUCACAAGUCCAUUACAAGUCCAUCACAAGUCCAUCACAAGUCCAUCACAAGUUCUUCAGUCCCAAGUCAAGGCACUAGCUAUUCAAAUGAACUGUUGCAAAAACAUUCCUUUGUCAUCGUCAUCAAGUUACUUGUGAUUGGACUUAUGAAAGGACUCGUGAUGGACUCGACUACAUAACUGUUUACAGCUUCACCACAUACAUUGUCUUGGUAUUGUGGUCUCAUUUAUUUAAUUUGUUAUGGCUUAAAACUGGCUUUGACGAGAUGCUUGACAUCUUGUGAUGACCAAGGACACGUCGUAACUUGUGUCUUGUGUCGAACCUUUCCACUCCAGUUACGACGUGUCACAGCGCUUUUUUGAAAUCGGGUGCUGAGCAAAAAACACAGGUUACAAACAAAUGUUUGUUCUGAUGCAUAUCGCUUGUGACCCCUUAUGAUCUCAGCUGAUUUUUUGUGUGCUUUAAACAUACAUUAGCACAGCUGUAUUUGUUGUGCGAGGCGGGACCAUAAAAUCUGGCCCUGGUUGUUCACACAUUCCUGGUUGCCAUCAAAUCCUGUGAUGUAAAGCUUUGAACAAACUGUAGAUCUAUGCCCAAAAUUUAGUAAUGAAAUCUGCACUGUAUUGAUCACAAGCAGAUUUAGAAUCGCAGUAGCGUUUGACUCCAAUUAUGGCAUUAUUGUAGUAGAGUCCAUCGCAAGUCCACAAAUAGUCUUAAUUCAAGCCUGGAUUUGGUUAUAUUCCACUUACACAGCUUGUCCCUGACUAGUCUGAGGAUUAUACAUUCUGAUACAUCUGAGCUUGCAAAUUUUAUGCGAGUGGGCUUUAGAAAUUGUGACGUCAUUUCGAGCAGCAAAUCAGCCUAAGCUGUUGAUUGGUCAACAGCUGCCAUUUUUUUGUAAUACAACAACGGGUUAAUACCGAGGACCCGAUAGAAGGCUCCCGCUGAAUGGUCAGAGUCUGAAGGUCAAGACGCAGUCUUGUUUUGCAUCAUUAAUCGUCAAAUCUGCACAAAUAUCACAGACACUUGUGUGCAAGGAGCUUGUCCCUGACAAGGUUGCUAUCAACAUUUGAAUCCAAUCCAGACUUGGGAACUUCAGCAGCGCUACUCAGGAAAUUUUCAAGCAUACCUCACUUGCACUGUAUUCAAGCUAAUGCACGUGUGUGUGUGAUGUGUGCUCGGAAUUCGGAUUUAUCUUGUGGACUGAAUUCUACUCCCAUGGCAGCUUUACUGUCCUUGUCACAGACCAGCUGUAGGGUAACAACAAAUCCAAAUUUAAACUUGGACCAAGACUAGUCUUCACAAGCCCAUUACAACCGCAGUCUCAAGUCAAGCCGUUCAGGUCAACUGUGACGAAAACAUUCCCUUGUUAUUGUUCAUCGACGUUUGUUAUUAUUUAUCAACUUUUAAUUGUGAUCCGGCUUUGUGAAUCGACUUUUGAUUUUCUUGUGGCCUGACUUGUGACUGGACUUGUUCUGGAAACAGAAAGCUAAUAUCACAACUUUACCGUGAGCUAUCAAUCUCCUCUAUGAAAUUGGACUCGGUUUUAUGCUGCAACAUAUGGGGAAAAAGGGUUAAAAAUGUGGUUAACAGAGCGCCGUCGGUAAAUGGUUGUGAAACAGCUGUCAAAACUAGGUUUGGAUGGACUAUUGAUUGUGUUGCAUUUUUAUCAAUCAAAACUUCAAGACGCUGUUUGCUGGAAUACAGAGCCUACGUUCAAAGCGCUGCUUACCAGCCGAAUUUGUGCUUAGCAAUCCUCCAUCUAUUCCAAAGAGGCCAUAAGCAGUAAGCACAGCAAUAGCACGCUUAACCCUAGAGGGAAAAGUUGCUUAAAUUGAUGACAUAAUAUAAAUCUCCAUGCGCGCAAAAAUUAGUACGUCCACGCCAUGAAAUGGUGAUUAAGUAGCAGCAUAGUUUUCUGCCAUUGUAAACACAAUUUUUUUGCUGUUAAGCAGUGCUCUGAAAGUGGGCCCAAAGGAAUCUGGGAUAAUAUCUAUGACAACAAUUUGACCACACUCAUCACUGGUCCAAACUCGGUUUUCGUGUGCGUGUGUGUUUGUUCAGUUUCUAUUUUUUUUUUUUUUACACUUGUUGGCAUCUGUGUGUUGGCCGUCAAGUGCAGUGAAUGCACAAGAGACAAAAAGGCCAACUACAGAUAUCUGUUGGUCACAAUAAGAAUUCUGUCGGGUAAUGACAAAAUGGUCCUACAAGAGUUAGCAAGUCAAAAAUUUGUGUGCUUAUAGCUUUCAGGUACACAAUAAUAAUAUUGUAAAAUAUUUGGGGAGUUCAGAUUGGUUCUCAUUUUAAAGGUUUUUAUUUUUAAGUAUUCUUUCAAAGUUUGAAAUAUUUCUUAUGUGUCAAAUUUCACUUUUUAUUAUUUUGCCAAUAUUUCUCCCCCAACUGAUAAGAUGCCAAUAUUUUUGGUUUGGUUCAAAACGUUAAACUUUCAAGCAUUAUGGUAAACUGUACAGUUGUAUGAUAUUUCCAUAUCGGAAGAAGGUGUAAGAUAUUUGCAUCCUGAAUUUGCAUAUUUAAUGUGAUUGGUUGGUUUAGAAUGGUGUCAUUUCAGCUGCUAAGACAAUAGGAUCAUUGUUCCUUCCACGUACAGAUUAGACUUGCCCAAGUCUGCCAUUGGCUUGAACUUUUGGCCACAAAUUGAAUAACACUGUUCACAAAUGAAUUUCAGAAGUAAAAAAGAAACAUUCUCGGGCAAGUCUAGGCCAACGAAAUGAACAAGAUAGGGGACAGUUUAAUACUUGGCUGACUAUAAGAAAAUGUCUUUGUUAUUGUUAGUAAUAAAUUUAUCUCUUUUUGUACAAAAUUAUUAUCUGCCAUUUUUAGUGGCAGACGUUUGUGUAUAAUAGAAAGGAACUUCUUUUUUUCUAGAUAGAUACAAAGUUAUAUGUUAUUGUUGAAAGAAUGUGACACCCACUCAAAAAAAAAUCUUGUCAACUCAAUUUAUGAAUUAUUUUGUAGCUUUGGGUACCGUUCAUACAGGUGCCAUGAACAAUAAAAACUUCAAAACGUGAACUCCUGAA